UGAUUGUGAUAUUAUUUGAUACUUUUAAACCCUUGAACUUUUGACUUAUUUUGCGUGCGAAUUAUAAAACGUGAUAUAACAGUCUUGUUAAAAAAUUCAUAAUUCAAAAAAUCUAAUAAUAAUGAGUUUGGUAUAAAUAGAAACAAAACAAACGUUUUAUGAAACAGUGAUAUUUUGUUUUACAAUUUUGUAAGUCUCAAUAAAAGUUUUAUUGUAACACCAACCAAACUCUUUAUAAAAAAAAGAGUCAAAAUGGAUAUCAUAAGAAUGCAAUCUUUCCGAAGGAUAACUUGUAAGGGAGCAAUGAUCUUCGCUGGAACUCAAACAAUUAAGCGCUUUUCAACAGAGAUAAGACCUUCCUACUUUCAUUACAUUGGAAAGGAAAAACUACUUUACAAAACUCUAGGCCAGCAAUUAGAUGAAACUGCCCAGAAACACCCAAACACUGAAGCCAUUGUCUCCUACCAUGAAGGAAAACGUUAUACAUUUGCUUCGGUUAAAGAUAUUGUUGACAAACUUGCUGCUAACUUUCUUAAACUCGGUCUUGACAAAGGUGAUAGAGUUGGUAUAUACGCGCCAAAUAACAUGCACUGGUAUCUCACAAUGAUGGGAGCAGGUAAAGCUGGUCUAGUAUCUGUUGGAAUAAAUCCAGCUUUUCAAGCUCCUGAGCUAGAAUAUUGCUUGAAAAAAGUCGGAGUUAAGGCUUUAGUGUGUGCUGAAUCAUACAGAAAUCAACAAUAUUAUGAAAUUUUGGAAAAAGUUUGUCCAGAAUUAAAGGAUUCAAUCGAAGGACAUCUUAAGAGUAAGAAUGUACCAGAUUUAAAAGCUGUUAUCAUUGAUUCUCAAGACAAAUGGGCUGGAACUUUGAAAUUUGAUGAUCUUCUUGAUUGUUCAGACAAAAAUGCUCUCCAAAAACUGUCUGAUAUGCAGUCUACAAUCAAGCCAGAUUCUGCUUGUAAUAUACAAUUUACAUCGGGAACAACAGGUCAUCCAAAAGCUGCUGUGCUUACUCAUUUUAAUGUCAUUAACAAUGCAUAUUUUAAUGGUAAACGAAAUGAAAUGAUGGAAAAUCAUAGAAUCUUAGUUCAAAACCCACUUUUCCAUGCUUAUGGUGUCGCUAUUUGUACAACUCCGGCUCUAUGUCAUGCAGCGACCAUGAUCCUGCCAUCGGAUGGAUUCAGUCCUGAGGCAUCAUUAAGAGCGAUUGUGGACGAAGAAGUUACAAUGAUUCAUGGAACACCAACAAUGUACGUCGAUCUUAUUAAAAAACAACAAGAACUUCAGUUGCCUAUCAAGACAGCAGAAAUUGCUGUCACUGGAGGAGCUCAGUGUUCGCCAUAUCUCUUAAAGGAAAUUAAAGAUGUUCUCAAGUUGAAAAAGGUCAAAAGUGUUUUUGGAAUGACGGAACUCACUGCCGUUUGUUUCCAAUCUAUGACUGAUGAUGAUGAAGACAAGAUUCUAAACACCGUUGGUCAUUUGCAAGAUCACCUCGAGGCCAAGGUUGUUGAUUUGAAUGGAGACACUGUACCGUUUGGUCAGCCUGGAGAGUUAUGUGUCCGAGGAUAUUCUGUGAUGUUGCACUAUUUAAAUGAUGAGGCUAAAACCAAGGAGACAAUAAGUGCUUGUAGGUGGCUUAACACAGGUGACAAAUUCAUUUUAUAUGAAAAUGGCUAUGGACAGAUUGUUGGUCGCCUGAAAGAGAUGAUCAUUCGUGGUGGAGAAAAUAUAUUCCCAAAGGAAAUUGAAGACUUUUUAGGAACACAUCCUAAUAUUCUUGAAAUACACGUUAUUGGUGUUGAUGAUAAACGAUUGGGUGAGGAGGUAUGCGCUUACGUUAGAUUACACGAUGACACAAAAACUAUUACUCGAGAAGAUCUGAAAACCUUCUGCAAAGGAAAACUUUCGUACUUUAAGAUUCCAAAAUAUAUUAGGGUUGUGAAAGAUUUUCCCCGAACGACAUCGGGUAAAAUUCAAAAAUUCAAACUCAAGGAGGCUUUUGAAAGCGAGAAAUGAGGGAAGACAGAAGCCUUCGAAUAUGUGAUAAGGUCAGGGAAGAAACAAUUUGUACCUUUAGUUUAAGUGAAAUAUAUUUUUGUCAAAAAACAACCAA